UCUAGUAAUGGUAUAUGAUGGCUUCUAUUCGUACACACAUAUGCCAGAAAUAUAAGUAUACUAAAUGUAUUCAUGUGGUAUCUAAGUACUUACAUGCAGGAAUCGAGAGAUCGAGUAUUUAAUUACUUUGUUGGUUCAAACAUGACGUUUGACAAGUAAGAGCCUAACCUUGUGUGAUUUGUGUAUUUAUAUACGGCAUUUAUAGCAAUACACGCUCUUUGACUGUAGCUAUCAUGGACAAUGAUGCAGUUGCUCUUCAGAAUUUGGAGCAUCUGAUGACUGAAUUUUUCUCUCCAGAAACAACAAAUGAACGAAAACGUAUAAUUGAAAGAAGUUUCCAGGAAUUUGCAGGACAAAUUGAUUCCUGGAGACCUUGUUUACAUUUCUUAUCUUCUACUAACAAUCAUUAUGUCAGUAUGUUUGCUUUAUCUACAUUAGAGACGACAAUUGGGAGAAGAUGGCCAAUACUGCCAUGGGAAGACAGAGCUCUCACAAGAUCAACUUUAUAUACAUUAUCAUUAGAAAGAGGUGUAGCUCCUUUUGUAAGAAACAAAGUAGUCAAACUUGUUGUAGAUAUUGCUAGGCAUGAUUGGCCACAUUUCUAUCCAGAUUUUUAUUCAAAUAUCUUACAGUUAUUAAGUCACAAGCAUACAAGACUGUUGGGUCUCAUUUAUUUGCGAACAGCUUCGGAGGAACUAGCCACUCCAAGAGAAGAUUUACCAAUACAAAGGAAAAAUGAGUUAUUUAGAUUUCUUAGUGCUCAAGUACCAUUGACUUUGGAUUCUCUUACAGUACUUCUAAAAGAAGCAACAAAAUUGCAAAGUCGUUCUGGAACAGUUACACCACCUCCAUCACCCACUAGCGGUCAAACAGUAGCACCUGCAAGAGCUAUUCUAGAUGUAGAAGGGCUAGCCACAGGAACUAGUGAAGUGUGUAUAGCAACAUUGGAUGUGUUAGCACAUCUCUUUAGUUGGAUUGAAUUAUCAGAACAUAUCUCUACAAAUUUACUGGAUGCUAUCUUUACCUGUGCCAGGUAUCACGAUUCAAUGAACGGCAAACAGAUUGAAAUGGCCGUACAAGCUGUGACUACGAUAAAUGAACUUUUAUAUCGACCGCUAUGUUCUCCCGACGUAACCGAUAGAUUAUUAGUAGAAAUAUUUCAAAAUGGAGUCACAUUAUUUCAAUUUUUGGAACGUUUGGAUUCUAUAAACGAAAGUUAUAUGGAAAAGCUGACAGAGUUCUUACAAUUAUUUGUAACAAAUCAUUUGAAGAGAGUUGAAUCGUGUCCAAAAUUUCCAGUAAAUACGUUAUUAGAAGUCUUGUGCCAUCAUACCUUUCAGCAAUGCUCAACAGUAAAUGGAUAUCUACGAUGCUUAGAUGUUUGGACUACACUUUUAGAAAGUACUCAGUCUCGGUACUCACCAGUAUCAUUAGCUCUUGCUGAGAGAGUAUUGCAAAAAAUGAGUUUUAAGCUCAAUACCCGCACAUUGAAAGAUCUUGAUACAGAAAGCUUAGACGAAAAUGAAGAAACAGAGUGGCAGCAUUUCUUAAGAUGUAAUAUAGAGUGUUUAGCGAAAAUAGCAGAUAUUUCUCCGAUUCCGAUCUUUACAUUAUUGUAUCGUUCUUGGAGGGAAGGAUUAAUAAUGUUUGGAGAAUUAGGUGCUGUUAUUGCUAACAAUCAAGUUAUUUUGUUAAACGAAUCAGAAGCAUCAAAUGUACACGCGCAUUUACGAGAUUUAGCUUCUACUACUCAAGCGUUAGCUAGAUUGUAUUCACUUUUCCUCGGCGAUGAUCAGAGCAUUGACCAGUCAUUAGCUGAAGAAGUAGUAUCUCAAACAUUAGAUGCCUGUAAAUUUGCCAAGACAAACCAAUUGUACAAAGCAUCAUUGCAACCAGCUGCAAUUGUAAUAGAUCUUAUAGAAGUUCAUUCACAGUUGUUAGCAUCACUCCAAGCUUGGUGCCAUUGGAUAGCCAACAGGCCAGAAAAGACAAAAGAAUCACUAUGUCAACGAUGUAUUGAUUCAUGCAUUUUAGCAUUAGAUUAUACAACAUUCUGUGACAAUCCACCACCAGCGAAUUUAACUCAUUCCGCCACACAUCUUUUCCAAAGUAUCACUGCUAUGUUGAAACCUGUUUUAUGGGAUGAACCCACGUUUAGAAACUUAAUUUCAAUGGUAACAUAUCCAUUCCUUAAACCUGAUACAAUAAAAGUACUACGAAGGGCAUUAGUAAAUGCAAUUGUCUUACCACAUGGUGAUGGAUCUAUUAGAGAAAGAUUGUUGGGCACGAUGGUAUCGACAUUAUCUACACCUCUCGGUUUAGAAGGACAACCUGUACCUUCGGAAUCUACCAUUUCAAUGACAGUAGUGCCAUUAACUCAAUUACUAGAAGACUGUUCUGCCUCAUCCACAACGAUAAAAAAAAUGUUACAUUCGUGUUUGGGAUCAACUAUAAAUCGAACAUUAGAAUUAUUGCCAUAUAUGAUAAGAUGUCAAAGCGUAUGUGAGAUUCUGCUUAGUUUCUUGCAUUCAGUGUUUUCAGUACUACAACAGCAACUAGGCCCUGAGUUUACUCAAAAUGCAGUUCAAGGAAUGCUACACAUUUAUACUAGAGAAAAUAUAUCCGCGGGACCUGCAUUAGAUCAAUUAUUAGAAAUCUUAAUAUUGGUCGUAUCAGCACCUAGUAAUGCAUUUAAAGCAUUUGUUCCUUCAGUGACUAAUCUAUGUUUAGGUCAAGUCUGGCCUGCUGUUGGGAAUGAUCUUAGUGCAUAUCCAGAUACUACACUUGUGUUAUUAAAACUUUUCCACAGUAUACUUAUGCAUCGAUGGCAAUAUUUUUAUAAUACUUCUAUACUACGCACUCUCGGUCAUACUGAUGAAGACGAAUCCGUCGAACACAAGGAAGAAUUAGUUGCAAUUUUAGAAGCUUUCGGCCAAGCUCUUCUUCAGCCGGAUGUUAACAUAUUUCGUCAAAGUCUACAAAGUCUAGAACAGUUAAAUGUACGGUGGCGACUUUAUCAACGAGCUGUGUUCAAAGUUCACUUACUCGAGAGAUUUCUAAUGGCGUUAUUCACUGUUCUAUUUCAACAAUCCCAUAAUUUAUUGGCGGAUGAGAUUGCAACUGCUAUUCAUAGUUUAGCUUCAGUUAAUAUAGCAUGGUUUUUCGGACAUUUUUUGCCAACAUUCUUGGCAGGUUGUGAAGGUGUAGAUGAUAUGCAAAAAGCUACAUUAUUAGGAAACUUUGACAAGUCUACGGAUCAACCGACUUUGACGAGAUCGGUGCUGCAGUUAAUUUCUGAUUUACGGUGUUAUCAAUUUUGUCGACCCGGCUGAAGCAGUUGCAUUUCAAUGCGAAGAUGCAUUACGAUGACAUAUUCAAUACAAGUUUCAAAACUUCACUAAUGAAAUUUAAAAAAAGCAACAUUUUAAAUAAAUUUCCGUGCCUCGUGGCAUAUACCAAACAUUUUAAAAGCAUAACAUAUAAAGAGACGAAUGUUUCUUAAUGUUACAAUUCUGUAUCACCUUGCAAUCAUUGCCGUAUCAUCUUGUGAUGUUACUAACAUUAUUAUAAUGUUAGGAUAAAACACUCUUUUCUAAAUAUUUAAGUGUUGCGUUUAUACUUUUUAAUUCAAUCUAUUUCAUGAAGUUUUAUUGAAGUAACAUACUCCCGUUAGAGAACUGAAUAUACGCAAGAGAAUUUUUAUUACAGAUUUAAAAAAAAACAUUGUAUAUUAGUGUCAAACUAGCAUUGUAAUUAUUUUGUAACAUGUAUGAACGUUAAACUCAAUUCCAAUUUUUUGUGAUA